AAUAGUCCUAUGGAACUAAAUGGAACAGAACUUGCAGAAUGAGGUGCCAUCCAGAACAAAUAAAGAUAUCAUAUCCUAGCCAGAAGUUCAGAGGCAAAAAAGUAGCAUGGAGAAGCACUAAUAGACAGAGGGAAAGAAAAGAACUACAAUUUGUGUAAAUGGCGCUAACAAAGUAUUCUUUUAAGUGGAUUAAACAGAUUAUAGCUCCCUGGUGGCUGAUACUUAUUUUCUCAGUGAAACACAUUUAUGGGGGCACAUAUGCAUACAUUGGUCCAUGUGAAGGCCGUGAUUGUUCAGUUUGCCAGUGCUUUCCUGAAAAAGGAUCAAGAGGUCAACCUGGUGAAUUAGGGUCUCAGGGUCCAAUUGGGCCUUUGGGGCUUACAGGACCAGUUGGUUUGCCAGGAGAAAAGGGACAGAGAGGUGAGAAUGGGCUGCUUGGGCCAGCUGGAGAAAAAGGUGAUAAGGGCCCCACAGGAGUCCCAGGCUUUCCUGGUUUAGAUGGCCUGCCUGGGUUACUUGGAGUUGGAGGACAUAGGGGCAAACCUGGCUUGGAUGGUUCCAAUGGUUCAAGAGGAGAUCCAGGAUUUCCAGGGGGGAAAGGAUAUAUCGGACCUAGAGGCCCACCUGGCUAUUUUGGACAAAAAGGAGAAAAAGGAAUGUCUGUGUAUGUUUCACAUUUCAGGAGGGGUGAUCCAGGAGACAGAGGUGAUCCAGGAGCCGCUGGUGUACCUGGAUCUAGGGGUGCAAGGGGAGCAGUGGGCCCACAUGGAUAUCACGGCCAGCCAGGCUUGCAGGGCGCUCCAGGCCACCCUGGUUUGCCAGGUGAACAGGGAAAUCCAGGCAUUGGAGUUGAUGGACAGAAAGGGGAAUUGGGUGAUGUUGGAUCUCCUGGGCCUCCAGGACAGCCACUGUUAGUUGGCCCUCCAGGUGCCAUGCUGAUGAAAGGAGAAAAGGGUCAAAAAGGAAUGACUGGAGUGAUAGGACCUAACGGAUUGCGGGGACCAAAAGGUGCACCUGGAAUUGGGGAAAAAGGAGAGAAAGGAAUUCCUGGAGUCCCUGGAAUAAGGGGUUUUCCUGGUUCUCCUGGAUCUCAAGGUUCCGUAGGAAGAAAGGGAAGAACAGGAUUUCCUGGUGCUCCUGGCCAGGCUGGCUAUUCAGGCAUGAAGGGAGAUCGUGGAGAACAAGGGCUACCAGGCCUGCCUGUUUCUUAUGGAACACCACUUUUGCCUGUGAAAGGUCCUCGAGGAGACCCGGGAUUUCCAGGUCCUGAUGGAGAAGUUGGGUCAGAUGGACCAGCUGGUCCUUCCGGCCCACCAGGAAGACCAGGUGAAGAUGGAGCAAGCCUUCCUGGCCUACCAGGAGUGACUGGUGCACAAGGCCAUCCAGGUUUUCAAGGUGACCCUGGUCUCCCUGGAAGAGCUGAAUCAAAUCCAGGAAGACCAGGGGCUCCAGGCACACCAGGGUUACCAGGAGCACCAGGAAGACGUGGUGUGUCUGGAACACCUGGUAGAGUUUGUACUAGCAAUGGGCCCCCUGGAGAAUUGGGAGCAAAAGGCCAAAUGGGAUUUCCAGGUCGAAACGGUGAAAAAGGAGAAAAAGGGAGUGAAGGUCGCUGCUCAUGUGGUCCUGGCCCAGCUGGACCACCUGGAGUACCAGGAGCACCUGGUGGUCGGGGACAGAAAGGAGAGAUGGGAUAUCCUGGAAGGGGUGGACAGAAGGGUGAUUCAGGCUUGCCUGGUACACGGGGAUCAACAGGACUCCUGGGACUCCAUGGUACCCCUGGAAUGCGUGGGGAGAAAGGAGAAAAGGGUGACCCAGCUAGAAUCAGAAUCAAAGGAAAAAAAGGAGAAAAGGGCUUUCCUGGGAUUCCAGGAUUUCCAGGCCAAAAUGGUAGUGCUGGAAGAGAUGGAGAGCGGGGAAUGCCUGGAGAAAAAGGACUUCCGGGUGAUUACAGACCACCACUGCCAGGUGAUAAAGGAUUUCCUGGAACCCCAGGACAUCCUGGUGUGAGAGGACCCCCAGGACUACCAGGCUUGGGAAUUCCUGGCCCAAAGGGAAACAAAGGCUUCUUUGGGGACCCAGGCAGCCCUGGUGUAAGUGGGCCACCUGGUCUAAAGGGUUCAAAAGGUGAUGCACACUGCUCUGUUCCACCAGUUCCUGGAAAUCCAGGACUCCCAGGUUUUAAAGGUAUUCAAGGACCAAAGGGAGAAAGAGGACCGCCUGGUCUCCCUGGGCCAGAUGGCUUUGAUGGACAAAAAGGACAACAAGGCAAAACAGGCAUAGGAAUUCCUGGACCAGGAGGUUUCCGGGGCAAUGCUGGGGAGCCGGGGGGUGAAGGUGAAAAAGGCUUUACUUCAGAUGGAAGCACAGGCUCACCUGGCACUCCUGGAAGAGAUGGUCAGAAAGGGGCUCCAGGUGAUACCAUUUAUGGUCCCCCAGGAAUUCCAGGCAGUAGAGGGUCAGCUGGAUCACCUGGCAUGCAAGGCAUGAGAGGUGAUCCAGGCAGCCGUGGACCACAAGGACAGCCUGGUACACCAGGAUUUCCAGGUGCUAAAGGUCGCAGAGGCAAAAAAGGAGAUAUGGGAGCUCUAGGACGGCGAGGCCUACCCGGUGAGCAAUGUGACACAAACUUACCAGGGCCACUGGGACUGCCAGGUCCAAAGGGAUGGCCAGGCCCUCCAGGCUUUCCAGGCUCUAAAGGCUACCAGGGGGACAUGGGUUCCCCAGGAUCAGUUGGAAAAAAGGGUAUUCCAGGACCUAACGGCAUACCUGGGCACUCUGGUCCUCCAGGGUCACAAGGAUCAUCAGGGCUCCCUGGGGAUAAUGGACUGCCUGGUCUCCCAGGACUGAAAGGAAGAAAAGGGAUUCAAGGGCUCCGAGGUUUCCCAGGAUCCCCAGGAAAACAAGGGGAGAUGGGAAUCCCAGGUGAAAAAGGUGAACAAGGAGAAACGGGUCCACCUGGGCUCCCUGGAGACCCUGGGGAUGGAGGUCAAAAAGGUGAAAAAGGGCCACAAGGAGAUCCUGGUUACAUCAUCAUACACCAUGAGAAAGGACAAAAGGGUGAUCCAGGUCCUCCUGGUGAGCAGGGAUUUCCAGGAGAAAGAGGGGACAAAGGCAGCCCUGGAAUCAGAGGGCUCCCAGGAUUGCCAGGCACUGAUGGACUCCCCGGACUCCCAGGUGAAUCUGGCAUUUGUGGACAGAUAGGUUUACCAGGCCCACGAGGCUCCCCAGGGCCACCAGGCACCAGAGGAAUUCCUGGUUUCUCAGAAGCCCCGGGUGAUCAGGGUGAGCAGGGUUUACCAGGAACUCCUGGAAGUCCAGGACCAGAUGGCAGAAAAGGAUGCAAAGGGAACAGAGGUGACCCAUCCAGUCAACCUGGUCUACCGGGUCCAAAAGGGCCUGUAGGAGAGCCUGGCUUACCAGGUCCCCAUGGAUUCCCAGGUGAGCCAGGUUUUCCUGGUGCCCAAGGGCAAACUGGAAGACAAGGACCUAAAGGGAUUCCUGGAUACCUAGGAGUACCAGGCUUUCCAGGUGCUGUGGGUGUUCCAGGAUUGCCAGGUGUUCCAGGUGACCAAGGCCUCAUUGGACUCCCAGGACCUGCAGGAUUGCCAGGAUUCUCUGGUUCCAAAGGCAGGAAAGGUAUGUCUGGAUUGCCUGGAUUAGAUGGCUUGAACGGACUGCAAGGGCAAAAGGGUUCACCAGGAGUUCCAGGUCACAGCAAUACAGGGCAUCCAGGAUACCAAGGAGAAGCUGGACUAAAAGGAGACAAAGGUGAAUCUGGACAGCCAGGAAUUUCUCUUCCAGGUCCUCCUGGAGAAACAGGCCUGCUAGGACUGCCAGGUAGAGCAGGAGGUCCUGGGCCUAAAGGACAUGUUGGAAGGGCUCCAGAAAUUGCUCCACGCGGUCUUCCAGGGGAUCGAGGGCCACCUGGCUCAGGCAGUAACAGAGGUCCGCCUGGCAGUGCUGGCCCUCCUGGAGAGAUCAUCUUUGUGAAAGGAGAUCCAGGCAACUUUGGUAUUCCAGGAGCAAGAGGGUUUCCUGGCCAACCAGGCCAACAAGGAGCCAAAGGCUUUCCAGGAAAACAAGGAAGAGAAGGCCUACAUGGUCUCAGAGGCAACCCUGGUCCCCAGGGUCCUCCUGGGCAAGUUGGGCAGCCAGGAGACCAGGGCAUUGAAGGUCAUCCUGGGCCUCCAGGUCCCAAAGGCUUCAGAGGUGACCCUGGUGAACCAGGAAAAGUUGAAGACAACUUAUGCCCUAAAUUUCCAGGGCUUCCUGGCAGAAUUGGGUCAAAAGGACAUGAAGGGCCUAAAGGAUUACAAGGGCCAAGAGGCUACACUGGAUUCCCAGGGAGAAAAGGGGAAGAAGGGUCACCUGGCUUGACAGGUCAAGAUGGUACCCCAGGUCUGCCUGGUCCUCCAGGUGACCAAGGUGAUGUAGGAGAACAAGGAUACCCUGGACCACAAGGUUCACAUGGCCAAACUGGGAUCCCAGGACCACCAGGGCCUGAAGUUAGAGCUGCAAGUGGAUUCCUGCUUGUCCUUCACAGUCAGUCAGACAGAGAGCCAUUUUGCCCCCAGGGAAUGCCAAAAGUAUGGACUGGCUAUAGUCUGCUAUAUCUGGAAGGACAGGAAAAAGCUCAUAAUCAAGAUCUUGGUCUGGCAGGAUCUUGCCUUCCUUUAUUUAGUACCAUGCCCUUUACCUACUGCAACAUCAACCAAGUUUGUUACUACGCUAGUCGAAAUGAUAAAUCUUAUUGGCUGUCAAGUGCUGCUCCUCUACCAAUGAUGCCACUCUCUGAAGAUGAAAUAAAACCAUAUAUUAGCAGAUGUGCUGUAUGUGAGGCCCCAGCUCAAGCUAUAGCACUUCAUAGCCAAGAUCAGUUCAUUCCUCCCUGCCCACAGAACUGGAGAAGUCUUUGGAUAGGAUAUUCCUUUCUAAUGCACACUGGAUCUGGAGACCAGGGAGGUGGACAGUCUCUUAUGUCACCUGGGAGUUGCCUUGAAGACUUCAGAUCAGCACCAUUCAUUGAAUGCCAGGGUCAGCAGGGAACAUGUCAGUUUUUUGCUAAUGAGUACAGUUUCUGGUUAACAACUGUGAGGCCAGAAUUGCAAUUCACAUCUGCUCCUCUGUCACAAACUCUCAAAGAAGGGCAGGAACAGCGGAAAAAAAUUAGUAGAUGUCAGGUAUGCUUGAAGUAUGGCUAACAAACAAAACAGACUUCCUCAGAGAUGAAACAGGUUGUGUUGAAGAUUUAAAUGGUACUUACUUCUGGAUUUCAUUUUCAAGCAUGCAAUGUUGUUUCGUCUGCUAAAAGUUGCAUUGAUGUGUGCAUAUAUCUGCAUAACUAAGGGAUCAAAGGACCAGCAAAAUUAAGUUCUAUUGCACUCUUCACCACUGUAGCAUAUAGGUGACAAAUAAAGCUUGGUCUUGCACUGAAGGCUGAGUGCAGUGGUACAGAAAACCUUGGAAAGCUUUAAAAAUGACUAGUGGAUAUCCUAGUUAGGACUGGCUCUUAGAGCAUAUGUGUACGUGGCACGCUGUAAUCAUGCUCUUACAUAAAUAUAUCUGUCUAUGGAGAGAUGUAUAUACAGAUACACACCUACACAAUGCCCUAUAAUCAUUUAAUUUUACUACUUAUAGUAUUAAUCCAGACUGAACAUUUAAUUAAUUUACUAAUGAGAAUACAUAAGAAGUGAAAAGCAAAAAGUUGCCAAAAUAUGCUAAUGUCUGAUUGUUAUGUAAGAAAAUAAAUAACCCCAGAUAAUGAAGGCUUAAAAUGCUGUUUAUUAUCUUUGCAAUUAAUUUCUCAGCACAGUUAAAUUAAAUUGUUAAGCUAUAAUCCAAAUAGCCAGAGACAACAAAACAAAUGUCAACGUUAAUUAAAAAAUAGAAUCCUACACUACCAAGCCUUACAGCAGCAGGACUCUAGAGAUGGUUUUUAUUAAUGGAAAUUAUCUAUUAUUGAAAAGAUCAAGCUAAAGGACUAGCCACUUUUUCAACAAGUGGAAAAUCUACAAGUUAUUUAUCCAGCUAUGAAAGAAUAAAGUAGUACAUAGCUAAAGCCUGUCUUAAGAUCAAUAAAACUACUGAAAAUUGUGAUUACAGAAGAACUGAAAUUCAUCUUGGUGCAGAAGACCCAUAUCACUGACAUGAGUUAAAUUUUAGAGGGGAGUAAAUUCUAAGAACGUGGGAAAAAAUGGUUUCACAUCAGUAACACUGACUCCUCAUUUCAGAGAAUUUUCAGACUGUUUCCACAGAGCCAUGUUAGAAAGUCUGAACUCAGCCAAAACUCCCUCAGAAGUUGGCAAGAAAGCAACAGGGGAACCAGCUACUUUUGAGAGCUGGGCUCAUGGUCUCCAAGUGAGGUCUCAAUAGGGAGGAAAGGCUGUUCUGAUUUUAGCUAGAGAAGAGCAGAGUGGUCACCAGGCAGCUUUCUUUUGUUACAGACCCCCCUAGGCCAGCUUCAUUCUGUUUUAUCUAAGUAUGCAUACAAUGCAGGGGGUCACCUUCUUCAGACAAACCAAAAGGUAGGGCAGGAUAGCACCUUAGAGCAGUGGUUCUCAACCUGUUUAGACUUAUAGCACCUCUACUUCCCUCCAUAACUUACCCAAAUUCAGCAAAACUUCAUUUUUCAGGAGGUUCAUGCAAGGCCACACCAGGAAGUGGCAGGACAAGAUGCCCCUGCAUUAGGUUUAUCAGAUGAAACUAAUGCAGACAGGAGUCCCUCUCCCUGCCACAACUGGCUUCUAGUCUGGCCCUGCAUAUACCACCUAGAAGCAGAGGCAAGUAAGGCAGUUUCACCUGGCUGUGGUAGUGGUGGUGGUAAUGGUGCUGUGAAACUCCAGUUGAGAGCCACAGUGUUAGAGAUUAACUAGUUGAGAGAGGCAUGAGGUUUUGAAGGAAACAGCCUACCUUGUCAGAUGCUAACGAGUCAAGUGAUGAAGCUGGCUAUCACCUACAGAGUCUUAUGCCUCUCUGAACAAAGUAGUUUCUAAGGGCAUUUAUACACGUGCUCUGGGAGGGGCACUUUAAUUAGAGAGGCUCUGAGAGUGUCAUGUGGAUCAACA